AUGGCAUCUUCCAAUGAGCCGGCAGACCCCAUUCCAAAGGGUAUGUUUGCCUCUGCACGCCAGGCCUUUGGAGAUCUCUUUAUUUGGAAGCAGCGUGUCGAGGUAACCAAUGAAUAUGGCGAGUCUCAUACGGAAUGGCAAGCCCCAGAGCCCAUCGAGAACCCGAUCAGCCUAAUGGCACAGCUUUCAGCUCGUGAUUGGUUAUUCUUCAUUGUAGGACUUGUCGCAUGGACUGCUGACGCAUUCGACUUCCAUGCCUUGUCCAUUCAGACAGUGAAGCUGGCAGAGUAUUACGGCAGAUCAAAGACUGAUAUCUCGACUGCGAUUACCUUGACCCUGUUGCUGAGAAGUGUAGGCGCUGCAUUCUUUGGUCUUGCGGGUGACAAAUAUGGCCGUAAAUGGCCCAUGGUUCUCAACAUGAUCAUUCUGGGAAUUUUACAAAUUGCUACAAUCUACAGCAAGACUUUCCAGCAGUUCUUGGCUGUGCGAAGUCUUUUCGGCCUUUUCAUGGGUGGUGUGUAUGGAAAUGCCAUUGCCAUGGCGUUAGAACAUUGCCCUGUCAACGCGAGAGGACUCAUGUCCGGAAUUCUUCAACAAGGCUACUCGCUGGGCUAUGUCUUUGCAGCAUGUGCCAAUCUUGGUGUGGGAGGUGCAACCGAUAGUUGGAAGACCGUCUUCUGGAUUGCUGCCGGUAUCUCAAUUGCUGUUGGUCUUAUCCGCAUAUGUUUCCCCGAGUCCAAGGCUUUCAUCGAAGCCAAGAAGGCUGGCAAACGGACAUUGACCGCAGGCGAAUUUUGGAGGGAGACGAUAGCUAUGUUAGGCAAGGAGUGGCGUAUGUGCAUCUACUGCAUAAUUCUUAUGACCUGGUUCAACUUCUAUUCCCAUACAUCGCAAGACUCAUACACCACCUUCAUGCUCACCUCGAAAGAGCUCGAGAACGCCGGUGCGUCCAGGGCGUCCAUUUUGAUGAAGACAGGGGCCUGUGUUGGUGGAACCAUUAUUGGAUACUUGUCCCAGUUUGUCGGCCGCCGAAGGGCAAUCAUUGUCGCUGCCUUUGUGUCUGGGGUACUCAUUCCAGCGUGGAUUCUUCCACAGGGCGAGAGAGCUUUGAGUGCGACGGGAUUCUUCAUGCAGUUCUUUGUUCAGGGUGCAUGGGGUGUGAUCCCUAUCCAUUUGAACGAACUUUCCCCUCCAGCAUUCCGAUCUUCAUUCCCUGGUCUCACUUACCAGCUCGGAAAUAUGAUUUCCUCGCCAUCAGCGCAGAUCGUCAACGCCGUCUCUGAAUCCAUCUCAGUCACAAGUGCAUCGGGCCAUCGGGUUAACGCUUAUGGCCCUGUUAUGGGAGUUGCCACUGCCAUUAUUGCAGUCGGAAUUAUUGCCACCACUGCGGUUGGUCCUGAGAAGCGUGGUCGCCGCUUCGAGAACGUUGUCGCUGGAGUUGAUGAGUCUGCCAAUGCCAAGACGAUGGAUUUGGAAGUCGGUGACAAGGAACAUGAUAAGUCGCGGGAUGAGAUAAUUGAAUUGACGGAUCGAAAGAAGUAA